GCAACGUCAUCAGGCUGAGUGUCCCAGGAGGAAAAGGAAGAAAUUCUUAGGGUACAUAACACCUUCAGGUCUAAGGUGGCUGGUGCGAAGAAACGAGGGGACAGCCGGGCCCUCAGCCUCCUGCAGCCAACAUGAAGGUCCUCCUCUGGAAUGACGAACUAGCAACUGUGGCUCAGGCCUGGGCCAGCCAGUGUUUGUAUGAGCACGACGGGGUCAACAAGCGCAAGAUCUGCUCCCGGGACUAUGAUGUAGGCCAGAAUCUCUAUUACCUCUGGGAUAAGAACUCUGUCUCCAACUGGGCCGUUGCCAUCGAGAAGUGGUACGAGGAGGUGGUUAAGGCAGCCAGUACCUCUGUGUCCAGGUUCCAGGGUGACCAACCAGACACUGCACACUACACACAGAUGAUAUGGGGAGAGACACGAGAAGUGGGAUGUGGGGCAGUGUACUAUACCCCUUUCAUGGGUGGUGUGAGCAGAAUGUACGUGUGUAACUACGGACCCCUGGGCAAUAUCGUAGGGGCCCCUAUGUACCAAAAGGGCCCCGCAGCCACAUCUUGUAGUUCGGCCUCGCCCUCCAUCAAAUAUCGUAAACUCUGUGAUUGAGAUUUAAGCACAGACAAGUUGUGAUUGUAUUAAUAGUAUGUAAAUUAAUAAACAAAGUGGAUCAGG